UGAGAGGGGGUCGGUGGACGAGUGAAACGAGUGUGAGUUACCAUGAGCUGACCAAGAUCUCAUCAUUUCCUUUGUCACCUCUGCAGCCUUAGUUUCUGUUUCAACCCUAAUUAUUUGUGAGAGACAUUUGACAGUUUUCAGAGUUGCAUUUGGUCAGACUGAACGACCUGGCAGCUAUUGUCAAGUCAUGAAUGUCAUGGUUGGAUUGUUGCUGACCCUACUCAGAUUCACUCAUGAAUCUGCAGCAGGAGGAACUCACUGUGAUGGAAGACAGGAUGGAGCUCGGUGUUUUGUAGCUGUGGGAGAAGCAGUGAUCAUCCAGCUGCUCAACAACGUGUCAGAAAUACCUAAAUAUGAAUGGAAAAAUGAAAGAGCUGUAAUUCUCAGAGGCAAAGGGUACAAUUUCUCUCAAAAUACCCUUCAGAACAGAUUUCUUUUUAUUCCCACCAAUGGUACAGUUGCAUUCAAGAACCUCAGGAGAACUGACGGUGGUGAAUAUACUUUGAAUAUCUUUGAUUCAAAUGGACGAAAUAUAGAAAGCCGAGCUCUUCAGAUGAUUGUUCAAGCUCCUGUGUCUUCUGUCCAUCUGAUCACCGAGUGUUUGUCUCGGUUAGAGAUGAAGGUGUCCUGUCUCUCUGAGGGAGGGGACAGUCCUCAGUACAUUUGGACUCUGAAUGGAGACAAACUGACAGACUCCGAACUUCUAUCAGCAAAUAAUGAGAAUAACAUUAUUAUUCUGCAACACAGUGUCUCAGGAAGUCUGGCCUGCUCUGUCAGGAAUCACAUCAGCAUUGGCUCCACAGAGCAGAUCAUCUCUGCAUGUAAAGAGUUUACAGUGGGAGAAACUCGCUGUGACGCCAGAGAGGACAGAGUUCAGUGUUUUGGAGCUUUGGGAGGAACUGUGAUCAUCCGCCUGAUGAACAACGCCUCAGAAAUACCUAAACAUGAAUGGAAAAAUAAGACAUCCAUAAUCCUCAGAGGCGAAGGACAUAAAUUCUUUCAAAAUGUCCUUCCGAACAGAUUAUUCUUUCUUUCCAGCAAUGAUACGAUUAGCCUCACGAACCUCAGCAGGUCUGACAGUGGUGAAUAUAAUCUGGAAAUAUUUGAUUCUGAAGGACAGAAAACAGUGCAGACUCUUCAACUGCUGGUUCAAGCUCCUGUGUCAUCUGUCCGGCUCGUCUCUGAGUGUUUGUCGCAGUUAGAGAUGAAAGUGUCCUGUCUCUGUCAGAGAGGGGACAGUCCUCAGUACAGCUGGACUAUGGAUGGACACACACUGAGCAGCUCUGAACUCCUCUAUGUGCAUAAUGAGACAAACAUUAUAAUUCUGAGAAAAAACAUCUCAGGACGUCUGGUCUGCUCAGUCAGGAAUCAAGUCAGCUACGCCUCUGAGGAAAAAACUCUAUUUGCUUGCAAAGAUGUCUCCUUGCUCGUACACAGUUUGCUGUUUGGUGUAACAAUUCUUUCCUGUGGCGGGAUCUGGCUCUAUUUCAAACUGAAGGAGAGCAAAUACAAGGACUUUGUCACUUACAUCAGAAAAGAGAAUCCAGAUGACUUUAAUGUAAUUCAACAGUCUGAUUUAAUUAAGCACAAACACAAAUAAAUGUUUUUGUUCUUGUGAGUACAUAAAAAACACUUGAGUUGAAUUUUUAAAAAAUAUAUGUAGAUAUUGUUUAACUGUUUUUAGUAUUGAUCAGAAACAUUUAAAAAGUUUUCCUCAAUGAGAAAAAAAUACUGACACUGCUCAGAACUAUAAGCAGAAAAUAAGUCUCACAUUUUAUAAAACACAAAAUACAUAUGAAUCUAUUUUAGACACGUUUUAGUCAGUCUGUUACUUCUAGGACUUUUCUAAGGACUGACCUUUCAACAAAAAUAGAGUCAUAGUGAAGAUGAAAAUGAGAGUCCUUUAAAAGAAGCAAAUAGAGGAAGAGAGCUCUCGACAGCAAUCAGUUCAAAUUCAACCAAGCAAAGCUUCAUGUUGUGCUCUUUCUUCGUCUCCUAGUUUACCUACCAUCCAUUCAUGCACCCAUCCAUCCAUCCAUCCAUCCAUCCAUCCACCCUUCCAUCCGUCCAUCCAUCCAUCCAUCCAUCCAUGGUCUUUACCCUCAUAUAAUUGAGAUGCUGGAGGGAUGAGCGUAAGGCUGACUACGUCCUGGACAGAUUGCCAGAGAGACACACAUGAAGGACAAUUCAGAGUCAUUAAUAAAUCCAGCAGAAGUGUUUGAACUGUAGGAUGUGUGGGGAGGCUGGAGUACCCAGAGAACACCCACACAUGCAAACUGCCUGCAGAGAGACUCCAGACUGGCUUUGAAUCUUCUUGCUGCAAGGUGACAGUGAUGCCGGCUCCUCCAUUGUGCAGCCUGCUAAUCAUACAGCAAUGAGACUGACUUGAGCAUGUUGGCAGAAAAAACAUAUUUCCAUUAGUUUGCUACAAUAGCAUGAUCAGUGUAUUUUUAGACUUCCUCUGUUGUCUUCACUUCUUAGAAAGAAAGACAUUGGGUGUUAAAAGAAAGUCUGCUUUUGUGUGAAAUUGAUUAAAAUAAUUUAGAUGGUGUUUACAGGUGAUGACAAAAUAUUGUUUUAUAUGCAGCUAAAAUGAACUUUUAUGGGUUCGUUUGAAAUUGUAAGAAGUUGCAAUUUGUAAAUGAUCCUGCAUUCGCUUACAACACUAAUUUUGCAUAAGGUCUGGGGUAACUGGGCUUUUCGCUGUUCAAACUAUGUUAAGUGUUUAAGAUGAUGUGCCUGUAAGCAAUCAUAAAAAAAUGUGAAAAGCUUGUUUUAGUUUUGCAUUACACUGUGAAAUGUUGUCUUGGGGGGCAGCAGAAUUGACUAAGCUGUCACCACUUCCUGUUUCACCUCUGCACAACUUCCUUUGCUCAGGCCGAUCAGUGACAGGAUGCAUUUUAAGCUAUUCAGCCGCACAAUGGUUUCUGGUAGAUGGUUUAAAUUAAUAGAAGCUGUGGUUGGGAUACUGGUGGUGCUACUGGGAGCCUCCUGGGGUGUAGAAACUUACUGUGAUUUCAGAAAAGAUGGAGCUCAGUGUUUUGGAUCUUUGGGGGGAACAGUCCUCGUCCAGCUGAUGAAUAACAUUUCAGAAAUACCUAAAUAUGAAAUGAAACAUAACAAAUCAAAUAUCUUGAGGGGCAAAUUCAAUCUUUCUAUAAUUGGUCUUCAGAACAGAUAUAAUUUCAUUCCCAGUAAUAGUACAUUAAGCAUAACAAGCCUCAGCAGAAAUGACAGUGGUACUUAUACUCUGGAAACCUUUGACUCAGAUGGAAAGCUAUUAAAAACGAAAACUCUUCAGUUGAUUGUUGGAGCUCCUUUGUCCCCAGUCCACUUGGAGCAUGAGUGUUUGUCCCAGGGACAGAUAAAUGUGUCUUGUCUCUCCGAGGAAGGGGACAGUCCUCUUCAGUACAGCUGGACUCUGAAUGGACACUCACUGACAGACUCUGAGCUUUUCUCUGGAAAUAAUGGCACUAAUAUCAUCGUUCUGAGACAGAAUAUCUCAGGACGUCUGGUCUGCUCAGUCAGGAACCAAGUCAGUUUCAUCUUCAGGGAAAUACAAAUAUCUACAUGUAGCUUUGUAAACUGUUCUGUGAAUGGGACACAAAUAUCUUCCUGGGUGUUUCAAGAAAAUAACAGCCUAUGUGUUGAACCAACAAGAGUCCCUUCACCAGAUGCUCCUGAUAUUAAUGUGAUUGUGGAACAAUGGCCAAUAGUAGCUGGUGCACUUGGAGCUUUGAUAAUUAUCAUAGUUGUAAGCUCUGCAAUCAUCUGCGUCGGGAAGAAGAAAAAAAAUAACAGAGUGGAGAAAAAUAAUGGAGAACUGGCCAAUGAUAACGGGAGGACAAGAAGGCGAGAAGAGCAAUCUAUGGAUGUCCAAGCAGAGUAUGGCCAAGUGAGGAAGAAACCUCGGCAUUCUGAUGUUUCGUUAUCAGAUAACAAUGAUGUGUAUGCAAACGUCCAUAAGAAAACCUCAGCUAGAUGAAUUCAUGUUGUCUGCAUUAUACUGAAAUCAAGAAAGAAAAGACAAAUUCAUAACCAAAUAGCUUUGUUUUUCCUCAUUUGACACAAAGUUAUACCUCCGUGUCAAAUAAUUCAGUCUUUAGGAUUUGUGACUUUAAACAGUCUUCAAUUUUUUAAACAAGCUAUGUGUCUGUGAACAGGUUUAAAUCUACGGCCUCAAAAAGUUGAUAAAUGUUCUUUUAUUGAUGUUCUUUUCUUGUUUGUAAUGACCGUACAUGUUGAUGAACUGUAAAGUUGAGUGUUUCAUCAGUUACAAGUUGUAGUCAACUUGUACAAUCCUGUUAUAUAGCUGUGAUCACAGCAGCUUAAUGUACUAAAAUGAGCACAAUGACAAGAAAGUGGUUUUUGUUCUCAUGCCACAAACAGUAUCAUGUUUAUUAUUGAACUGGAUGCUACUUUUCACCCACUUAGCUGUUCUGUUAGCUAACCUCAACAUUGGCACAAAGCUGGUUAGAGGUGGUGACUCUGAACAUGAACAUAUUAUAAGAUGGUAAUGAACUGAAUUAAAAGGACCAAAAACAAUCAGAAGGAACAAAGAAAGAUGGACAAACUAUAAAGCAAGCAAAAAACAACAGCCCACGACAGCGCCAGUUAUUAUCAACAUUUCAGCAAAUACAAGCAUUGAUGAAAUGAAUAUAUUUUGUCUAUGCAAAUGUAAUUGUUUUGAGCACUGCAGAUGUCAUUUUUUAAUCGCUGUGCAGCAGCUUUUAAUCUCCUCUCUACUAAGUGGAAACAAAAUUUUGUCCAGCAGGGGAGGCUGGACAAAUGCUUGUUUUCCACCAUCUAGACUCCAUAAUGUCUAAUAAAACAUGAUAUGAUAUGUUUGAGAUUUUUAAUAAGUCUUUAAAAACUAUGCAAGCAAUGGGACUACAAACAUUAGUACAGACACAAUACUUUGAAAAAACAUAAAACACACUCUUAAAUGAUGCUGAUAUCAUUUUGUUCCUCUUCUUGCCAUUUCUUUAACAUGUGAACUGAGCUACUCUUGGAACACUUCCUGUCAUUUUCUAUCUCUUUCCUUUUUUGCGCAAGGCAGUGAUCUUGUCAAAAAGGACCUUGACUUAACAUUAUUUCUAACCUGCAACGAAACAUCCCCAUCAAUAGUCUUGAUAUUUUAGGAGUUCGAUCUCAUUUGGAACAGGACCCAGUCCCAGCAUAGGUUACCAUGGUGACGGACCCAGUUAAAAGUGAACCAGCUGUGCGAAAACAAACUUAACCUGAAGUAACUUUGAUAACAUUGACUAAUCCCACUUCCUUGUUCAUGUGUAUUAUUUUAUACUGCUAUCAUGUUCGAAAUAAAAAAAAUAAAAUA